ACUUGGGUUUGUUUCCCCUUUGUCUCUGGUUCAGCUUCCUUUUCCUGUUUUGGCUUUAAGUAGUCUAAAAAUCAAGUUGCCUUCAGAGGGUCUGUGGUCCUCUGAUCAAGGCAGCCUUAGGGGAAUAUAGGACUCACCUCCUCAGGGUUCCCUGUGCACCAGCCUCUCAGCCAUGGCCACGAGUGAACAUAGUAUCUGCCAAGCUCGGGCUUCUGUGAUGGUCUACGAUGACACCAGUAAGAAAUGGGUACCCAUCAAGCCUGGCCAGCAGGGAUUCAGCCGGAUCAACAUCUACCACAACACUGCCAGCAAUACCUUCAGAGUCGUUGGAGUCAAGCUACAGGAUCAGCAGGUUGUGAUCAAUUAUUCAAUCGUGAAAGGGCUGAAGUACAAUCAGGCAACACCGACCUUCCACCAGUGGCGAGAUGCCCGCCAGGUCUACGGCCUAAACUUUGCAAGUAAGGAAGAAGCAACCACAUUCUCCAAUGCAAUGCUGUUUGCCCUGAACAUCAUGAAUUCCCAAGAAGGAGGCCCCUCCAGCCAGCGUCAGGUGCAGAAUGGCCCCUCUCCUGAUGAGAUGGACAUCCAGAGAAGACAAGUGAUGGAGCAGCAGCACCAGCAGCAACGGCAGGAAUCUCUAGAGAGAAGAACCUCGGCCACAGGGCCCAUCCUCCCACCGGGGCAUCCCUCUUCUGCAGCCAGCGCCCCCCUCUCAUGUAGCGGGCCUCCACCCCCACCCCCACCCCCUGUCCCGCCUCCACCCACGGGGGCCACCCCGCCGCCCCCACCCCCACUGCCAGCCGGAGGAGCCCUGGGGGCCAGCCAGGACGAGAGCUCCGUGUCAGGACUGGCCGCCGCCCUGGCCGGGGCCAAGCUGAGGAGAGUCCAGCGGCCAGAAGAUGCAUCCGGAGGCUCCAGUCCCAGCGGGACCUCAAAGUCCGAUGCCAACCGGGCAAGCAGCGGGGGUGGCGGAGGAGGCCUCAUGGAGGAAAUGAACAAACUGCUGGCCAAAAGGAGAAAAGCAGCCUCCCAGACAGACAGGCCAGCUGACAAAAGGGAAGAUGAAAGCCAAACGGAAGAUCCUAGCACCUCCCCAUCUCCAGGGACCCGAGCAUCUAGCCAGCCACCUAACUCCUCAGAGGCUGGCCGGAAGCCCUGGGAGCGGAGCAACUCGGUGGAGAAACCUGUGUCCUCGUUACUGUCCAGAACCCCGUCUGUGGCAAAGAGCCCCGAAGCUAAGAGCCCCCUUCAGUCGCAGCCUCACUCUAGGAUGAAGCCUGCCGGGGGCGUCAGUGACGUGGCCCUGGACGCCUUCGAUCUGGACCGGAUGAAACAGGAGAUCCUAGAGGAGGUGGUCAGAGAGCUUCACAAGGUGAAGGAGGAGAUCAUCGACGCCAUCAGGCAGGAGCUGAGCGGCAUCAGCACCACGUAAACGGCGCCGAGACGUCGAGGCCGUCGGGAGGACAGCGAGGCGCCCAUCCAGCCCCAGCCUCCAGCACACGCAGAGCUGCACGGAGCUUGGAAGCGCUUCAUUUAACAGUCUUAACCUGUGAUAAAAUAUUAAAAUGAGGAAACAAAGUUCAGUUCCAGGAUUUUUUUAGAUUCUACCUGACACAGAACACCAGGUCUACUCGUCUUUUUUGUAUUUUAUAUUUGCUUAUUUAAGUGUACAUUUCUUUUGGGUUAUAGAGAGGACACCCCGAUCCCCCACCCCCACCAAAUCACCUGCUUCAUUAGAUGGUUUCCAAGUUUUCUCCUAGGUGACGCUCUUAGCGCCUCUGCUGGCUAUGAUGGCCAGGCACAGCGUGGUGUCACCACACAGCAGAGCUGUCUGAGCGCAGCUCUGUCCCCAGCAAUCAUGGUGUUGAAACUGUCCGUGCACCGUGGUGUCUGUGUCCACACGGUAAUAAACGGUUUACUGUCC